AAUGAACUUUCCAUUUUAUUUACACAUAAAUUCAAUCCACAAUUUAAUUAUAAACUUUCAAUUCAAUAUAUCUCUCUUUCUUCUGCCCCACUGAAAUUUAAGGCUUUGUUAUAGAAAUUUCUCAUUAAUAUCUUUUUCAUUUCAAUGGAGCAAUCUUUUAACAGUCCAAUUCAAUCUGAAAAUGCUGGAUUGGAGAAAAAACCACCACUCCAGGAUCAGAAAAUUGAUCAGAAGGCUCAAGAAUCAGGCAAAGAUUUACGAAAAACAUGCACCCCAGAUAGGCUUAAAGUCCCCAAGGCCUCCAAGUACACUGAAAGGUAUAGAAGUCCAACUGAUUCUAUGAUGUCACCUGUUACAAAAGGUCUUCUUGCAAGAAACAGGAAAGGUGGUGGUUCAUUCCUGCCACCUGGUCUAAAUCAAACCAAGAUUCAUGAAUUGCGGGAUCAAGAUGUUGGUCUUUCUCAGAAUUGCAGAAAUGAUGGAUGGUGCAUGGAAGCAAAAAUCAGAUAGAUUCUUGAACCUGAUGAAUUUGUCCGAAAUGUUGUUAAUGUCAAUAUAAAUUAUAAGCAAAAAGAAUGCUAUGGAAUGUAUUUCUUAAACCUGUUUCUAUUUUUUCGAAUGUGAAUUUUGUUCCAACAAUAAAAUAUUUUGCUUACAGAUCAAUUAUCAUGUUCAAAUGCUUCAUGGGAGACUACCUCUUAUUUUACCGAGGAUGGAAUAAGAAACUGCCAAAAAUUAAAGGGUUAAUGUGUAAUUAACCCCUGAACUAUAUCACUUUUCAUGAUUUGAUACUUAUAAAAACAAUUUACAAUUAAAUAUCCGAACUUUUUUGUUAAGCAUU